CUAGCUUACUCAGGAAGGGGAGCAUAUGAAGAUUGGGUUUCUGAGGCUGUUAGCAGCCCACAACCCCCUUCUCAUUUCGUGUUAUCCAUAACGUAGCUAUAUGUAAUGUGACCACACAGCAAACUUGGCGUCAAGCAUCCAUCGUUUCUUCGCCUCUCUCUCUCUCCCCCCACCCCUCAAAAAAUGGAGGCGAGGCGAGGCGUCACCUCCUCGCUCUGUUCUCAUUGAAGGUCUUACUCUAUUCUCAUUGAAGGAUUUCCUUCACACGCUGCUUUCGGUCUUUGCCAGGGACACGAUUGGAUCAAUGAGCACCUUCAACCAGUCCAUGCCUCCAAGCGGGCAUCCGGGGUUCUCUCCCAGAGUUCGUGGCCCUCAUGAAGUGCCUCCUCAGCAUGUUCCAGUUGCUGUUCCAUCUCGAGGAACGCAUUCUCUCAAUUCAUUCCGGCCAAGCUUGUCCUUGUCCAUAAAAAGCCAAGAAUCAGCACAGGGAGCCUCAUUCUUUCCAGAUUCCCAAGUCGGUUUCAAUCGACAAGAUCUGAGAAACAUGAACCCCCGCUCAAAUUCCUCAGAGGAGCCUGCCAUGAGGAUUGUCACCACAAAUCAUGACUCAGAGCUUCAGCCACUAACUCCUUGCAUCAUGAAUUCCUUCUUGGAGAUGGGGAGCUUCAAUCUGCUCAAGAGUAACCGUGGUUUCCCAUCAAGAGUGGUUCUCAACGUUGUCAUUUACUCUGCAGCGAAGCUAGAGAAUAAGCAGAUUGAUCUGAUUGCGCGGAAGAUGCAGAGGCUUACGGGCUUCAGAAACUUGAAGUUAGAAAACAUCAUCGAUCCUUCUUUGAUUGCCGGAUUCGUCAUCAGCUAUGACACUGAUGGCUCCCAGGGUGAUUGAUCUCAGUGUCAAGGGUCAGUUGGCUGCGCUGGCUGCCCAGAGUUGAAUCUUCUGAUCAGGGGCAUCGUCCUUUGUAGGAGAAGGCUUAUUACUUGGAUCGGAUAUCUACCCAACACCAGAGGAUUGUGUUUGUGUGAAAUAACUGCGAAUUUUUGUUGUGACUCUUGUCUAUCUUUCACUAUUACGGCCGCUUUAUCUAGCUCUCUCUCUC